AUGUACCAGAACCAAUCUUGGAUGCAGCAACAACAGGACGUCUUCACCUUACUGAUCAACGAUGUCUUUGCAAGUGCCAAACUCGACGGACAAGUUGUGAAGCUAUUGACGAGGAGGGAUGUUCAGAAUGUGCGCCAGAAGAUGUUCCGCCUGUAUGAGGACGAAUGUCAUGCAAUCAUACAACGUGUCGAAGCAGCAUUCAAGUUUAAAAAGCUUCAUCUGAAGGGCAGCUUGGAUCUUGUGAAAGAUAUCGGUGCUCAGAAGGCGUUCUUGGAGGCCCUUUUUGCCUUGGAGAGUCAACCUUUGGCUUUGGCGCUUGAGGUCGUGACAGGACGCCAGACGUCGAAGCUCCUGGACUCCAACAGGGUCGAGCUAUCAGAGUUCGCAAAGGAGUUCAUCAUACAGCAUAGUGAUGCAAGUGGUCCGAAACUAUCUGUCUUGGAGGCUGCCAAGUUGUCGGUCGCGAAGGUCAUCAUGAUGAUCAUUGCAUUGGACAAAGCGCACACUGCCGGUAUCCUGACCGGACGAUUGUUCCACAGAGACGCGUGUGUCAAAUCUACAGCCGGAAUGUUGGCUAACCUGGCAGAUGGGUGUCUGACUGGAGAAGGAGACAUGGCGCGGCAGGUGCAGUAUAUGGGACACCGUGUGACUUACGUGCAGUAUCCAGUCGAUGAGUUGGAUUACAGGAUCACGAACCUGGCUGUUGAUCUGCGGGACGGCGUACGUCUGACUCGCCUAGUUGAAAUCCUGGCGGGGCCUGCCGGGUUGUCAAGUCAACUUCGCUAUCCUGUGGUCACUCCUUCCCAGAAAUUGCAUAACAAUAUGCUUGCCCUUGGGGCGAUGCGAGAUGCGGGAGUUGAUCUUCGCCUCUCGGGAGGAACUGUGACAGCGCAGAGUCUUGUCGACGGCCAUCGUGAGAAGACGCUGGGUUUGCUGUGGAGAAUAGUCACCAAGUGGUGCUUACCGUCGUUGGUGAAUGAGUCGCUACUGCGUCAAGAGCUCGUGCAGCUUGAGUCGGUGGCUGAACAGGUGGAUGAUGAUGAGGAGGAUGACGUUGAGCAGCCGUCGUUUGAGAAUUCUACCAUCGCCUUGCUCUUCUCUUGGGCCAAGGCCGCCUGUGCAACGAAAGGUUUCCGGAUUCAGAACUUCGCUACCUCAUUUUCCAAGGCGUCAGGUCAGGCAUUUACCAUCAUCUUGGAACACUACAUCGCCGAUUUGAUCAGAGAAGAAGGCACCGAUGACAAGCCCCUUGACUGUGAGGACAUGCUUGAAGCUGUGGGUUGCCGAGAGCUUUUCAAUAAUCUGGGUCUGACUGGUAACGCCCAAGGACGCAUAAUGGACCAGGAUGCUGUCAUCGCAUGUCUUGCCAUAUUGCACUCACGUGUGUUUACUCUUCUCAGGAAGGAUCAUGCAGCGAGAAAGAUACAAGGGACGUGGAGGAGGUAUUUGGCAAGGAAAGCCGGGGCUGAUCCAGACGAAAUCGCCAAGUAUGUGUUGUUCGUUAAAGAAACGCAGGCAGCAAUUCGCAUCCAGAGAGCUUUCAGGACGCAUUUGGAGACGCGCAUUCAAGCAUUGCUACUUCAUACGAUCCAGCUUCAGGCUUUGAGUAGAGGUUUCUUAGUGCGUCGAAAAUUCAGACAGGAACUCGAAACGUUGGAACCGGAGGAGAGUUUUUGGUUAUGA